AUGGCCAACACCAUGGACGAAAAAUUCUCACGAUUGGAGCAGACUCUACGGAAUCUGACCAUCCUGGUGAAGCAGCAACAGCAACAGGCGCUAAGGCACAAUAAUAGCCGUUCAUCUUCCCAUAAGGGGCGAUCUACUACAUCAGCCAGCCAAAGAUCUAAUUCGGGCUCUGAUGGCGAAUUCAAGACAGAUGAACGAGGCUAUAAGGGCAAGGUGGCCCAAUCUUUUCUGAUCGAAGUAGAAGACCCACCAGAGGAGGAGGAAGAUGAAGAGUCAAACCCACAUGUGCCUUUUGACAUGCCUGUAGCCAACAACGGGGUGGAGGCUGAGGAUCUGCCAGAGGUGUCCCUUUAUGCGCUAGUAGGAUCCGCGAGGCCACAAACGAUGCGGGUGACAAUGAUGCUUAAGGGCAAAGUUACCAGCCUGCUGAUUGAUAACGGCUCAACCCACAACUUUAUCAGCACUAAAGUUUCCCAUAAGCUACAGAUCCCAACUACCAUCAUUGAGCCAUUCGACGUGCAAGUCGCUAGCAGGGAGCACUUGGCAUGCACACAGCAGUGCAAGGCAGUAAGUCUUAAAAUCCAGCACAUCUAUGUUGCUGUAGAUUUAUAUGUUAUACCUUUGGCCGAAAUAGACAUAGUGUUGGUGGUGCAGGAGCCCACAAACCUACCACCAAGCCGGCCUUUCGACCACUACAUCCCACUACUGGAUGAGCAACCCAUCAACGUUGCUCCUUACCGUUAUGCCCACCAUCAGAAAGUAGAAAUUGAGAAGCAAGUCAAGGAGAUGCUACAGAAAAAUCUGAUACGGCCUAGUACCAAUCCUUUCUCAUCACCAGUUUUGCUAGUCAAGAAGAAGGAUGGAACAUGGCGUUUCUAUACAGAUUACUGA